AAAAUCUCAAAUCGCAAAAAAAUAAAAAAAACAAAGAAAAAAUAAAUAAAGGAACAAAUAAAACACUUGAGAAUCUGAAAAUAAAAGCUUCAAAGCUUUUAAGAGCUUAAAUUAUGCUUUGAUGCUAUGAAGUUUUAAAUCUUUCGUUUGAACUUACAAAGAAAAAAAAAACUUUUGUUUCUUUUCUUUUAGCAGAAUGCUCUUUUCUCUUUUCGUUUAGUUGAUUUUGUUGAAGAACUCUGUUUCCUGAAACAACAAAACAAAAAACAACUUUUGUUUUGUUCUUUCCUUUCUAGAAACCAUGAAAGCUCCAUCAAAUGGAUUCCAUCCCAGUUCAGCCGAAGGAGAGAAGAAACCAAUCAAUUCUCAGCUAUGGCACGCUUGUGCAGGCCCUCUGGUUUCACUGCCUCCUGUGGGAAGUCUUGUGGUUUACUUCCCUCAAGGACAUAGUGAACAAGUUGCAGCAUCGAUGCAGAAGCAAACAGAUUUUAUACCAAAUUAUCCAAACCUUCCUUCUAAGCUCAUCUGCUUGCUUCACAGUGUCACACUACAUGCUGAUACCGAGACAGAUGAAGUCUAUGCACAAAUGACUCUUCAACCUGUGAAUAAGUAUGAUAGAGAAGCAUUGCUAGCAUCUGAUAUGGGUCUGAAGCUAAACAGACAACCUACUGAGUUUUUCUGUAAGACACUUACAGCGAGUGACACGAGCACACACGGUGGGUUCUCUGUACCACGCCGUGCAGCUGAGAAAAUCUUCCCUCCUCUUGACUUUUCCAUGCAACCACCUGCACAAGAGAUUGUAGCUAAAGAUUUACACGACACUACAUGGACCUUCAGACAUAUCUACCGAGGCCAACCAAAAAGACAUUUGCUCACCACAGGCUGGAGCGUUUUCGUUAGCACAAAGAGACUAAUCGCUGGUGAUUCAGUUUUGUUUGUAAGAGAUGAGAAAUCACAGCUAACAUUGGGUAUAAGACGUGCAAACAGACAAACACCGACUCUUUCCUCAUCGGUCAUAUCCAGCGACAGUAUGCACAUUGGGAUACUCGCAGCUGCAGCUCAUGCCAAUGCUAAUAACAGUCCUUUUACCAUCUUCUUUAAUCCAAGAGCGAGUCCUUCAGAGUUUGUAGUUCCUCUGGCUAAAUACAACAAAGCGUUGUAUGCUCAAGUGUCUCUUGGAAUGAGGUUUCGGAUGAUGUUUGAGACUGAGGAUUGUGGGGUUCGUAGGUAUAUGGGUACAGUCACCGGUGUUAGUGAUCUUGACCCUGUUAGAUGGAAAGGCUCCCAAUGGCGUAAUCUUCAGGUAGGAUGGGAUGAGUCAACAGCUGGAGAUAGACCAAGCAGAGUAUCUGUAUGGGAGAUAGAACCAGUUAUAACUCCUUUUUACAUAUGUCCUCCUCCAUUUUUCAGACCAAAGUACCCGAGGCAACCGGGGAUGCCUGAUGAUGAGCUGGAUAUGGAAAACGCUUUCAAAAGAGCAAUGCCUUGGAUGGGAGAAGAGUUUGGGAUGAAAGACGCGCAGAGUUCGAUGUUUCCUGGUUUAAGCCUGGUUCAGUGGAUGAGUAUGCAGCAGAACAACACAUUGUCUGCUGGUGCUGCUGCUACUACUCAGCUACCAUCUGCUUAUAACCUACCAAAAAAUUUUGCUCUCAACGACCCUUCAAAGCUGUUGAACUUCCAAUCACCUAACCUAUCUCCUGUGAACUCCCAGUUCAACAAACCGAACAUGGUUAGUAGCCAUAUCAGUCAACAGAUGCAAGUACAACCAGCCAUGGUGAAAUCUCAACAACAAGUACAGAUAUCACACCAACAGCUGCAGCAAGGGGUUUAUAACGCAGGUUCCGUAAACAAUGGCGUGAGUGUUGUCUCUUGUCAGAAUCAGUCUACUGGUUUUUCUCAAUCUCAGCUUCAGCAGCAGUCAAUGCUCUCUAAUGGUAGUGCUAAAAUGAACCACCAAAGCAUAGUUGGGAAUAAGAGCUCAUCUCAAAUGACAUCACAAGAAUUGCAGUUUCAGCAGCAAAUGGAAUUGCACAACAGUAGCCAGUUAUUGAGAACCCAGCAAGAACAGUCCUCUAUGCAUUCACUACAACAAACUCCUCAGCAACUCCAGAUGCAACAACAAUCAUCCACACCAAGUCCCUCACAGCAACUUCAAUUACAGCUACUGCAGAAGCUACAACAGCAGCAGCAGUCAACUCCUCCUGUAAGCUCGUCCUUACAGCCACAGUUAUCGGCCGCAUUGCAGCAGACACAAAGCCAUCAAUUGCAGCAACUGCUGUCGUCUCAGAAUCAACAGCCCUUCUCAGCUCCAACAUUCAUGCAGCCUCCACAGGUCCAGGUGAGUCAUCAUCAGCAACAAGGACAUAUGAAUAACAAGCCUCUUGUUGCCGCUGGAGGAUCACAUUCUGGUCACACAGAUGGAGAAGUUCCUACUUGUUCGACCUCGCCUUCCGCUAAUAACACCAGACAUGAUAAUGUCUCACCAACAAAUUUCCUGAGCAGAAGUCAACAACAAGGACAAGCAGCAUCUGUACCUGCACCUGAUCCAGUCCAGAGCCGGAACAAUCAAGGCAUGGUGAAUUUGAGGAGUGCUGCUGAUCAAAUCAAUGUAUCCACAGCGGGAACAACGUAUUGUCCUGAUGCCGUUGGCACUGCACAGCAGCAACAGACUCUCCCACUACCAUCAUUUGGAUAUUGCCAACAAAGAAACAAUUUAGCUUGCGCUGGUAAUAUUGAAGCAGUAACUACUCCUGAUGCACUCUAUUCUCAAAAGGAGUUUCAGAACUUGGUUCCGAACUAUGCCAACGCACCGAGAGACAUUGAGACAGAGCUGUCGAGCGCUGCAAUAAGUUCUCAGUCAUUUGGUAUCCCCAGCAUCCCCUUCAAGUCCGGAGGCUCAAAUGAGAUCGGUGGCGUUAAUCAUUCAGGCAUCAUGAAUGGUGGUGGACUCUGGCCUAAUCAGGCUCAACGAAUGCGAACGUAUACAAAGGUUCAAAAACGAGGAUCAGUAGGAAGAUCAAUAGAUGUUACCCGUUAUAGCGGAUACGAAGAGCUGAGGAAUGACUUGGCAAGAAUGUUUGGCAUCGAAGGACAGCUGGAGGAUCCACGACCCUCUGAUUGGAAACUCGUCUACACAGAUCACGAAAACGAUAUAUUGCUCGUUGGUGAUGAUCCUUGGGAGGAGUUUGUAAACUGCGUGCAGAACAUAAAGAUACUAUCAUCAGUAGAAGUGCAGCAGAUGAGCUUAGACGGAGAUCUUGCAGCUAUCCCAGCUACAACCCAAGUCUGCAGCGAAACAGACAGCGGAAAUGCUUGGAAAGUACAUUAUGAAGACACUUCCGCUGCAGCUUCUUUCAACAGAUAGAAAACAAAAUGAUGCAAAUAUUCAUCAAAAUCAACAAACUACUACAAGGUAUAUAUAGGACAGUGAUUUGAUUCGUCAUUCUAACUUGAUCUUGUUGUCUUCCAACCAAAACGAAGACAAAGUGUAUUACUAGUGUCUCUAUACAGUUACUUCAAUGUAACUAAAUCAAUCAAAAUUAUAUUCAGUAAUCACUUUCUUUGUUA